CCUGUCGUAACAAGGGACGCAACUUUGACAGAAAUAAGGAAGUAAACACACUUUUGGGGUUACAACCUGGAUUAUUAACGCAAUGACGAAAGUGAAAUAUUUCCGUUUGCAAUAAUUGCUAUUUUCCUGUUUUCUUGAUUAUAAGAUGGAGAUAUAUGCGGCCAUUUCGGAUUUUAAUCCCCCGGUUGUUGACGGCUCGCAAAAUAUUCUUCAGUUUGAGAAAGGGGACAAGUUUGAAAUAUUCGACUGCCACAAGACGGAUUCUGACUGGUGGGGGGCCAGGGCUCUAAAGACGAACACUGUAGGAUAUGUUCCGUCCAGAUACAUGCAGUAUGAAGAAAGAAGAGUAGGAAAGUUACUUCCCACCAACUACCAGAGUGAAAAAGAGAGCUCAUUACAGAAGUUGACUGCUAUACAAAACAGCCCAAAUCACAGGAGACCAGAUAACAUUAUCCCUGACACCCCGAUCCCCGACUAUGAAGAUGGUGCCAACUCUGAGAAUCAGAAUAUUUUCAAUUUUGCCAAAAAAUUUCAAUCUGUAAUCACAAACAUACAGAAAAUAGAGGACAUGUACACAAACCAACAGGAGCCAGAACCAGACUAUCACGAUGAUGCAGAACCAGUCGAUGAACCAGCAGCCUUGCAGAGGAGUGAGCGUUCGCCAUCGGUGACAUCAGAGGACGGGCUCAUCCAAGCCAAGAAGAUACCCAACCCGUGUGUAGAGUCACCAACAAGAAUGGCCCUGCAUAAGGAACUGCUGUUAAACUAUAAAAGGGGUGUGAAUGUGCUGGAGAAGCCGGAGCUGACGAAAGCCCUUCAAAACCGGCGUGAGACCCAGCGCAGGAAGGAGUGGGACGACCAGGUCAAGGGCUCUACCAAACGCACCAGCUUCGAACUCAAAUUGGAGGAACGCGCAAACAGAAUGAAGGAGGAUGAAAUGAAGACCAUAAAUGAAGAGGUGAAAGAUGAGCAGCCAGAGUUCCAGAAAGUGUUCACAAAGAUCAAGUCCAAAUCUAACGGAGCAGUGAAGUGAUCCCAUCUUGCUGUGCAUGGGUGGGUUAUACAACAGUAGAAAUGUGUUCUGAGACUGUAAUCUGCAGAAUAGUAUUUAUCAAAAGAUUUUAACUUUUCAUUAUAUAUCACAGUCUUAUCUGUAUAUUUAUAAGCAAAAGAUGUAAUGUUUAGUCUUUAAAUCUUUGAUUAUAUUAACAAAGGUGUAACUGAAAGGAGAUAUGUAAACAAAACAUCCUUAAGGUUUAUUUGUCAAAGGAUAGGGAAUAAAUGGCAAGAACAUGUCUGUGUUUUUAAGUGCUAACUCCAGCCUGUUUUGUGCUUCACAGUUGAAUUUUAUACAGGAUGACCAGUGAACACUGUCACAUCUUUAAUGCGAUGAAAAAUAUCCCAGUGCUUUUAGCAUCAAUGUUUGACAUGUUAUUGUAAAUUCACAGGAAAGUGUUUUGUUAUGUUAAAGAAAUAAACAGCAAAAUCACACAUGUCAAAAGCGAUUAUGUUGGCAGAAAUUGUGGAAAGACUGACAGUUUUAAAACACUUCAGCUUAGCUUUGACAAGGCUGUAAUAACAAUUAUAAUAAUAACAUAUAUAGCAAAUGUUAAUAUUAAGUUAUUUAAAAUAAGUAAAAAUUGUUGUAUACACAAUCUCUGACAUAAAGUAGUUGUUGUUUAUUUUUUGCCAAACUAUUAUGUUCUGUUUAAGAGAUAUUGUUGUUGUCUUGUUACAAUAUAUACAUAUGCCAUA